AUGACCUCAGGAUACUCCUAUAAGCUCUCUAGGUGGGGUUGUGUUGAAGUCUGGGCGCAGAAGCAUUUGGCCAAUUUUCACAUGCCAUCGAUUUCGCCACGGCGCAGUGCUGCCACCGCAGCAGCGGCUAAGCCUGCUUCGGCCCGUGGAGGUACGUCAAAGGCCUCCGGAGAGACCCAAGACGAGCUCGCUCUGGACGAGGGUCGUUGGAGCCUCUUUGAUGCGGUGCGCCACUUGACCACUGUCACCGAAGCCAGUCACCAUAGCCGAGUUCUGAUGGCUAUCAGCUAUUCGAAUCCAGAUUCCAAACCUGAGCAUCUCAUAGAGAGGUUCCAAGAAGGGCUCAUGAAAUGGUUGCAAGGUCGUCAGAACAUCAAGGCGCAGCGACUGAGGGAUGGACAGGAGCCCGAGCCUCUGAGUCAUAUGGACGAGUACGGCGCGGUGUCGGGCCUCGUCCUCCCUUGCUCAUACGAAGUGGACUCGGGGGCCCAUCAGUUCUGGAUCCUCAUGCUUCUGGAAGGGUCCAACCCGGCUCUGGCAAGGACGGCGGAAUGGGCUGAGACCUUCGCUGUGGAGUCACCCAGUGAGAACAGCCGGCCCAAGGUUGGCAUACUGAUGUUCUCCGAACUCCGUACAACCCAGCUCUUGCAAGGCCUCCACUUUUGCUCUAUGCAGCCACUCGAAGGCACUCCUCUUAGAGGGGAGGACAAGAAUGCCUUGGUCGACGCUGCACACGAGCAAGAUAAGGUCUCCAGUGCUCUGUGGAUCAUCUAUCGGAACAUGCUGACCCUCGUGCAGAAGGCUUCGGAAAGUGUAAGUGGAAGCCCCUCUUCUGUGGAGCUGUACAAUUACGUUAUGGAGAACACAGGGCUGCUUCCUUCUCCUGAGGCUAUGGCGGUCAUUGACACACUGGCAGACGAAUACAUUUUGAGAUCUGCUGGUUGGCGUCACCCCAACUGUCACCACGCUGGAGGAGGAUCUUUGCUGGCCAAUGGCUCCACAAUUGAUAUACUGACAUCAUCACUAAUGACUCCCAUGCCCUUUCUCGUGACCUUCAUGAACAUCUUGCGUUCUCCUGCCCUACAUGCUUCUCGUAUAGAGAUUGCCUUAUUGAUCGGCCGGUCCAUGCCAGGGAGGAGCAUAGCCCUCAGUAGGCGACGGGCCAUCGAGCAGCCCGUGGUGGCAGUAGUCAGCAGAGUAGGCGGCAACAGCCCAGUCACACAGGAGGACCAUAGUGGUGCGAUCGUGGAUGUUCCUAAUGAUCCUUCUAUGCCCACCAUAGUCUCUCCUGGGGGCCCACCUAGUGCAACGGUAGCCGGGAACGGCCAAUUAGUCCAGCGAGACGAAGCCGCAGUGGAGGUGACGAGGGAGGACAAGUGGCGGCAGCGAGUACCAUUUCGGAACCCCAUGGAAAUGCAUGUCCUUGCAGUACAGAAGCUGGCCAGUGGCUGUGCAGGCUCCUGGACGGUCGGCUCAGCACCGGUGGGUGGAAGCGGACGAGUGAAUCUCCUCGAUGAGGUCGAUUGGGGAAGAGUCCCUCCUACCUGGGAAGGGCUAAAGCCCACGACUUUGAAGAUGGCAGAAAAUCUAACUGUUCGACAGAUAGCCAUACUCCUCAAUGCGUAUGCUAAAGCAGGAAUGGGGGACCGGCAGGUGUUCUAUACCCUCACCCAGCACUUUUCCGCACGGUUGGGUUCCUCACCGAAGUCGAUACUCGGCGUUCGGCCUCAGGAUGUCGGGCUGGUUGCUCAUGCCUGCCAAAAGGUACAGUUCAAGAACGAAUUCCUCUUCACUAAACUGCGAAAAGUGGUGGUUCGAAUGGUAAAACAGAAUCGAGAGAUCUCACCCCAGACACUUUCGCUCAUCCUUACGGGAUUCGUCAAACUCAAAUUCAUAGGCGAUGGCGAGCUCCUGCAUAGUUUGGGCACCGCAGCUUUGCGAGUCCUUAACCAAUUCACGAUUCGAGACUCCGCUGUAUUAAUGAUGACCUUCAGUCAAGCGUGUCCACUUGAUGAGCGCAGUAGGGACGUCUUCAUGCAAGUAUACCAAGCACGAGAUCGUAGCGGUCAGCUUGAGAACAUAGCGGCAACGGUGCCUAUCAUGGUCUCCCUAGCCAACUUAGCGACCUGGCAACCUGAACUCGCAAUGAGCCUGCUGCGAGAUGACAGUAGUGUGGCUGAAGCCUUCGCUGCCGCGGUAUCGUCCUGUGCGAUCAUCCACUUGGCCAACGGUGUUCAAGCCCUGGCUAGUCUAGCUGCUGGUGGUUUCCUGCCUCCCUCUGUCGACAUCAAGGCGAUAUUCAAAGCGACUUCUGACCGGCUCUGCGCAGAUCUCGAUGUGAAGCUCCCUCAAAGUGCCAUAGUACAGCUGAGUGCCGCCUUUACGAAACUAGGGGGGAUCGGCUGGCAGGAUAUCUUCACUCGUAUUCUCAAAGAUUCCAUCGGCCUGGAUCUCACUUCUGCGGUUGCGGUGUUCCAUGGUUUGGCUGGACAGAACAUGAGUGAGAAAGCAUGGAUAGAAAGAGAGAUUCUCAACAGGCUCGACGCGGUGAGGUUGAAGGACGCCCAGACAACGUGCAUGCUCCUCUAUGGCUUAGCCAAGCUGGAUAUGGCAGUGGAGGCGGCUAGGGUGUGUCGACAGGUCAACGAAAGGAUCCUGCGGGGACUAGGCGUGCAAGGUCUGAGCAACCUGGUAUAUGGCAUGGCCUCCGUUUGGCACACGUGCGGGCUGAGUCAAGAGGAGCAGGAUGCAGUAGCCAGCGUGCUGACAAUGGGAAUCGAUAGGCUCUCCAUUGUUGGCACUGAGGAUGAUCAGCAACGAUCCUCAAUAGAGAUAGCUGGUCAGCUCCGUGUCGUCGUCCAGCUGUCUAUGGCCUCACUCGCCGAGUCGAUCAGCAUGGAUUUGCUACUGUGGAUCGGUCGGCUCAUACAAUGGUCCUCAUGUCAGAAGCCAAACAGUGUGAAGUCCAGUUUCUUCCAUAGAGAAGUUGCCACCAGCAUGAGAGGAGUUAUUCUGGACUCCUUCGAAGUUAGCAUGGCGUCUACUGCGGAGUCGACAGCGACAUCUGGAGGCCCCCCGAUAGACACUUUCAGCGGUCCUGCCUUCGGCUUCCUGGCUAAUCACUACGAGUCAUCAGUCCGAGGUUUCUGUCCGGGUCGGGACGAGACGACUUCCUUCGCAGAAUUUCCGACGGCCGCUUCUGCCAUCAAUGCGAUGCGAGAGGGAUUGGAUCCCGACGUGUGGAAGAAGUGCAGACUGAAGAUUGUCAUCACCGUUUUGCGGGACAAGUUCGCAAGGCAUCCGGAGCUGGCUGAUGAGUUGGUCGCUACAGGCAAGCGGAGUCUGCUCUUCGACUGCAGUCCCGACGACUCCCAAGCUCUCGAACGCCAAGGUCUACCUCCGGACGAAGGAGCUUUCUGGGGAUGCAGUAGAGACACCGGUUCCCUCAGAGGCCAGAACCAGCUCGGCCGCAUGCUUUCUACUAUCCGGACAGACAUACAAGACUCGCCGGACACAGCACGCUUGCUAUGGCUCCACGCUGUUAUGAACGUGGUCAAGCAAGACACAGCGUCACCAAUUCGACUGACCGAGGUGAAAGAAGGCCGUUCUGUUGCUACACACAAUGUCGGCAACGCUGUGUGUACUUUAGGAAAGGUGGAAACUUGCGAUGUUAUUGCUUUGCAUCCAUCAACAUCUAGGCAUCACGCCAUGCUUGUCUACGCAGCAGGGUUUAAGAAUCCCACAGACUCGAAGUGGAGAGAGAACGCUCUCGACCAAGUCUAUGCCAUUGAUCUUCAUUCGAAGUUCGGCACAUUUGUCGGCGAGAAGGGCGAUGUGAAGAUCGAAGCCUUUGUCCCUCGAGUACUGGGCGAACGAGAUCAGCUACGUCUCGGAGCCAGCACUAGACACUAUGAAGUCAAAGUGGAUCAUGGGGCGGCCUUGGCUGAGCUGAAGAAAAUGGAGUACAAGUUGGACAAGGAAAUCAAGGAUAUGGGAGGGAAGAUCGAUAACCCGUUGAAGGAGGUCGAGGAAGAGCGGUCGAAGUCGAGUACGGUGUACAUGGGGAAUCUCUCUUACUCUUCGACCAAGGAGGAUAUUGAGAAAUUCUUCCAGCAAGAAGAUUUGCGAGUUUCCGGAGUGCGGCUGCCUGGAGGUGAAGAUAAAGUGGCAAGUCGAGGAUUCGCCUUCGUGGAAUUCUCUAGGGAGUCAGACAUGAGGAAUGCCAUAGCUUUGCUUGAUGGAGCCACCCUAGAUUCACGAAAGAUCAGACUGAAAGUAGCAGAGGAGAGACAGUCGAGGCCUCGAGAUGAGCGAAGAGGAGGAGGGGACCACUCCUCGCGUCGUCGAGAGCUUAGCUUCAAUGACAGAAGCCGUAGUCGACGGUAUAGUCGGAGCCGCAGUCGUGAGAGGCGUCGGAGGAGGUCCACAAGCAGGAGUAGAGACCGAAGGAGACGCAGCUCGAGCUGGAAUAGGGAACAUAGAAGUCGGAGUGAUCGUGAAACGAGGCAGCGGAGCCCAGGGCGGACAUCACACCGACGCGAUUAGUUUCUUCUCCUUGGC